AUGUGCGCGCCCGCGGACCCGUGCCUCACGCCGCGCAUUUCCGCCUUCCUUCCCACCAUCCCUUCUUUUUUCCCCACCCUCCUCUUCCCCACCUUCUUCCACCCUCUGAAAAACCGCGACUCGAUCGAGCUGGACGCGGACUGUAUGUCGCGCGCGCCGUCGCAGCAGGACGGCUUCAUCACCGCCGCCGCCUUCUCCUCGCCCUCCGCCGCCCUCCGCCGCCCGCUCCUGUCCGCCAGGCCCGCCGCGCCCGCAGACCACGCGGAUGCCGCCACCAGCACUGAGGCGAUCAGCAGAGCGCUGUCUGUAUUGUCGCCGCCCAGGACGAAGCCACGGCGUGCUGUGGAGGAAAUCCGCGCUUUAGAGAACGAGCUGCCUUAUAGAGCGGUUGAGGCUGGCGGAGUGGCAGCGACAGCAGAGCAUGAGAGCGCAAACGCAUCCAGAGAAGAAGCAGACGUAGCAGGAGAAGCAGACGUGGCAGGAAAAGCAGUGUGCCGGCGGCUCAGUGUUGGUGAGCGGAGAGAGCAAGGCGCAGGAGCGCGGGGGGAUGGGCGAGGCAGGUUGUUACGGAUAGCUGAGGAGGGGGAAGGGCGGGCGGACCUGUUCCCCGUGGCGUCAGACAAUACAGGCGGAAGGGCGGACAGGGCAGGGGUGGCGGGAGCAUGCAGCAGGAGACGUGCGACUGGAGACGAGGCCAGGGGAGCAGAGGGACGCAGGGGCGGGGGGCAGGCGGGGCGAGUGCAGUUCGAGGAGCAAGGGGGAAUGGGCGGGGAUGGGCGCGGGCGGCGAGGGGCGCAGGCGCAGGGCGUACAGCGGGCGGGAGGUGCGGCGGGUAGUCGAGCAGUAUGGGCUGGAGCACGGCCCUCCGCUGCUGCACGCCCGCCUCACCAUCCACCACCACCCCCAUGCGCCUGCGCCCAGCCCUGCAGCCCUGAUGGGGGAAGAGAAGGGGCAGGCGGGAGGGCAUCUGAGGGAGGUAGCGCGUCUGGUGGAGGGGCAGCAGGGCCCAGGCCGCAGAAGGCAGGGGCGCUGUCUCUGCUGCUGGGCUCGCUCAUGCUGCUGGCGCUCGCCUCCUCUGCGCUCAGCCCCUCAGAGCAAGGAGAUUCGCUCACAGCACAGCUCAGUGGUGGCGCUGGUCCGUGCAGGGGGGCAAGGUUGCAGCAUGGCAUGGUGGGGGACAGACUGAGCAAGGAGCAGAAGGACGCGGGGGAGAGGGGCGGGAGGGCGAGGGGCAGGGAGGAGGGGGAUGCGGAGAUGGCAGCAUGCAGGGCGGAGAGGAAGCGGCGGAGGAAGGAGCCCAGCAAGUUCAUCCACCAGCUGGGUCUCAUGCUCGGACACCUUUCGUACACACCUCUCCCUUGCACCUCCCCCUCACACCUCUCCCUCACGCCUCUCCCUCACACCUCUCCCUCACACCUCUCCCACACACCUCUCCUUCACGCCUCUCCCUCCCACCUCUCCUUCACACCUCUCCCUCACACCUCUCCAUCACACCCCUCUGUCUCUCCCUCACCAGGUGGGUGUCAGCGGGCUUCUACCUGGGCUCGCGGGUGUCGCAGAUCUGGCAGAACGCGGAGCGCGGGUCAGCAGAGGGGGCUGUCCAUGGCCAUGUUUCUCUGCGCCUUCUGUGGCAACCUCACCUACGGCACUGCCAUUCUGCUGCGCGCCCCUUCUCUGUACGCUACUCUGCUGCACGCCGCUUCUCUUCUGCCCGAAACGCUAGUGCAUGCAGAGGGACCUCUGGAAUUGAAGCGUGAUGCCCAUGUGUGUGCGGUGUGCAUGGCAGGGCGGCAUUGA